AGCCUUGUGUUCUAGUUGAGGAAAAUAAAGAUGACACAGGGCAUCUGAGAGGCAGCUGGAAGGCCAGGGGAAGGUUUUAUGGUAAAUAGGAUUACAGGAAAAGCUGGAUAUAGAUGGGUCAUUUAUUCUUUGUUUAAGGACCAAUCAGUCCAUGUCCUUGCUAAUGGCUCUGCCAUUUUUCUGUGUGUUAAUCCAGGAGGAAUUUUGUUGUCAGAGAAUAAAAGGACGUUGUCCAUAAUUGACAUUAAGCAGCAAACAGUAAAACACUGAGCUCUUCAGCUCCACCUUUCUUGCUCUGAGUAUUGGAAAACCAAGAAGGUUUUGAUGUUUUGUGUGGCGCCACCUGAAUUAGAAACCAAGAUGAACAUAACCAAAGGAGGUCUGGUGUUGUUUUCAGCAAAUUCUAAUUCAUCGUGUAUGGAGCUUUCAAAGAAAAUUGCUGAGCGGCUGGGGGUAGAGAUGGGCAAAGUGCAGGUUUACCAGGAACCUAACAGAGAAACAAGAGUACAAAUUCAAGAGUCUGUGAGGGGAAAAGAUGUUUUCAUCAUCCAAACCGUUUCAAAGGAUGUGAACACGACCAUCAUGGAGCUCCUGAUCAUGGUGUAUGCGUGUAAGACCUCUUGUGCCAAGAGCAUCAUCGGCGUGAUCCCCUACUUUCCUUACAGCAAACAGUGCAAGAUGAGGAAAAGAGGCUCCAUUGUCUCUAAAUUGCUGGCCUCCAUGAUGUGCAAAGCUGGUCUAACUCAUCUUAUUACUAUGGAUUUACACCAGAAGGAAAUUCAGGGCUUCUUCAAUAUUCCUGUUGACAAUUUAAGAGCAUCUCCCUUCUUAUUACAGUAUAUUCAAGAAGAGAUCCCAGAUUAUAGGAAUGCAGUCAUCGUGGCCAAGUCUCCAGCCUCAGCUAAGAGGGCACAGUCUUUUGCUGAGCGCCUGCGCCUGGGAAUCGCCGUGAUUCACGGAGAAGCACAGGAUGCAGAGUCCGACUUGGUGGACGGACGCCAUUCCCCGCCCAUGGUCAGGAGUGUGGCUGCCAUCCACCCCAGCCUGGAGAUCCCCAUGCUGAUUCCUAAAGAAAAGCCCCCAAUCACAGUUGUUGGUGAUGUUGGAGGAAGGAUUGCCAUCAUUGUGGAUGACAUCAUCGACGACGUUGACAGCUUUCUCGCUGCAGCAGAGACCCUGAAGGAAAGAGGUGCAUAUAAGAUCUUCGUGAUGGCGACUCAUGGCUUGCUGUCUUCCGACGCCCCCCGGCUGAUUGAGGAGUCUGCCAUCGAUGAGGUGGUGGUCACCAACACAAUUCCACACGAAAUCCAGAAACUCCAGUGCCCCAAGAUUAAAACUGUGGAUAUCAGCAUGAUCCUUUCAGAAGCAAUCCGUCGGAUUCACAACGGGGAGUCCAUGUCCUACCUUUUCAGAAACAUAGGUUUGGAUGACUGAAAGCUGUCCAUUUUUCCAACUCCGAGGGCCAAACUGGAAACGCAAGAACGAUGCUGUGUGGGCUCGUGCUCGGUGGCGUCUGCCACAGGAGCCGCCCUGUUCCGCCCCUCCCUGUCCCCGUACCCUCUCUUCUUGCUGAUUCCUAUGAAGACAGACCAACUUUUUAUGUCAGUUCAGUUGUGUGUGCGUUUGGGGGCAAUUUUUAUAAAAGAAAUGCUUUAUUCUCCUCUUAAAUAAAAUAAGAUCUGGUUGUUUUAGUUUAACUAUUUAAGAAAUAGAAUAAGAUUUUUAAGCUCACAACCUUUUUCCAAAGUUGCUUGAGCCAAAUGCUUAAAAAAGUUAAUAAAAUAAAAUGGCCUACUAUAUGGUACCUGCAGUUGAGAGGCCAGAAAGCUUAUACUGUUGAAUCCAAGUAAAUGACGGUUUUAGAAAUGCUUUUAUAGACAAGCCUAUGGAAUAUGUCAUGGUAUUUAUUUUCUGCAACUAAAGAAGGAAUAAAAACUUGUGUUUGUGUGUGUUUUUUAAAACUUUGUGUUUUGGCAACCGUUUUAUAACUAAAAUAAAAUGAAAGCUGAAU